AUGAACAUGAUGAGCUCAUUCCAACAAGGACAAUCACUGGACACAGAAUGUGUGUCGACUACAGGAAAGCUGAACUCCUCCACGCGCAAGGACCACUACCCCUUGCCAUUCAUAGACCAGAUGCUUGAGCGCCUUGCCAAUCAUCAAUACUACUGUUUCUUGGAUGGAUACUCAGGAUUUUUCCAAAUUCCAAUCCACCCAGAUGAUCAGGAGAAGACUACAUUCACUUGUCCCUAUGGCACAUAUGCUUAUAGGAGAAUGCCUUUUGGAUUGUGCAAUGCUCCAGCUACAUUCCAAAGGUGUAUGAUGUCCAUAUUCACAGAUCUAAUAGAAGAGAUUAUGGAGGUUUUCAUGGAUGAUUUCUCAGUAUAUGGUUCUUCCUUUGAAUCAUGUUUGGGAAAUCUUGGAAGAGUGCUACAGAGAUGUGAAGACAAGCACCUAGUUCUAAAUUGGGAGAAGUGCCAUUUUAUGGUUAGAGAUGGAAUAGUGCUUGGACAUAGAAUCUCAGAGAGAGGCAUAGAAGUUGACAAGGCCAAGAUUGAAGUAAUGACAAACCUUCAGCCGCCCAAGACAGUCAAAGAUAUCAGAAGCUUCCUAGGACAUGCUGGAUUCUACAGGAGGUUCAUUAAAGAUUUCUCACAGAUAGCAAGGCCGCUAACACGCCUAUUAUGCAAGGAUAUUAACUUUGAGUUCACAGAGGAGUGUCACAAGGCUUUCACUAAGAUCAAAGAGGCAUUGGUCAGUGCGCCAGUGGUUCAACCUCCAAACUGGGAACUACCUUUUGAGAUAAUGUGUGAUGCAAGUGAUUAUGCAGUAGGAGCAGUGCUUGGACAAAGAAAAGACAAGAAGCUACAUGUGAUCUAUUAUGCCAGCAGAACACUUGAUGAGGCACAAUGCAAGUAUGCCACAACAGAAAAGGAGCUUCUUGCUAUUGUCUUUGCAUUUGAGAAAUUUCGAUCAUACUUGGUGGGAUCGAAAGUUAUAGUUCAUUCUGAUCAUGCAGCAUUAAGGUAUCUCUUAUCUAAGAAAGAUGCCAAGCCAAGAUUGCUGAGAUGGAUACUACUAUUGCAAGAAUUUGAUCUUGAGAUCAAGGAUAGAAGAGGAGCAGAUAAUGGAGUAGCUGAUCACCUUUCAAGGAUGAGAGUUGAAGAAAAUCUACCUCUUGAUGAUAGGCUACCUGAAGAAACAGUUUAUGCAGCUGAAGCUAGCAAUAAGCAUGGACAACUAAGCCAUCACAGGCCAGGAACAAAGAUCUCAUCAUCAAACACACCAUGGUUUCGCCACAUAGCAAACUUCCUUGCAGCUGAAUACCCACCACCAAACUUCUUUGGCUACAGAAAGAAGAAGUUUCUGCGUGAUGUAAGAAGGUACUACUGGGAUGAACCUUACUUAUACAAGAAAUGUUCAGAUGGAAUGUUUAGAAGAUGCAUACCAGAGGAAGAAGUAGAAGGAAUAUUGUUUGCUUGUCAUAGUUCUAGCUAUGCAGGGCACUUUGCCACUUACAAGACAGUAUCCAAGGUCCUACAAGCUGGAUUUUGGUGGCCAACUAUGUUUAAGGAUGCUCAUGCAUUCAUAUCAAGAUGUGAUGCUUGCCAAAGAAUGGGAAAUAUAAGCAAGAGGAAUGAGAUGCCACAGAACUUUAUACUAGAAGUUGAAGUUUUUGAUGUUUGGGGCAUUGACUUUAUGGGACCUUCCCAACCUCUUUUGGCGACCAAUACAUUCUAG